GGCAUUUUUUACAGGCACAAGCGCACAAGCCAAGCAGGCGAUCGUGAUCAUCAGUAUAACACAAACGUUUUAAGGAUUGUUUCUUUGUUGUUUUGAGCAAUGUAAAGGUAUUAAUGCGUAAUUGACAGCCAGUGUUUUUUAAAUAAAAACAAGAAACAGAUUCCUGCAAUGAUGACACUCGAUCCUAUAAAUCAAUUUUUCCAAGAAGACGAUUCUCAUUCACGUGAUGACGAUCUAAAGAACACCAAAGAUAAUCAACUUUACAAAGAUACGAUGGCUCUGCUUAAACGGAAAAUGUGCACUGCACAGGACUUGUUGGAACAAUUCAACCAUAAAGUGAAAGAAUAUAAUGAUUUAAAUUUAGAACUUCAUGAGUUAAAAAUUGACAAAGAGAAACUUUUUAACAAGUAUAAUGCUGCAAGUGAAAAACUCACAAGGCUGGAGUUGUCUAUUAGAGAUUAUGAGAAAUCUCGAGAUGAACAUAAAUAUACAGCUGACAAACAGAAAGUUGAAUUAGAUGAGAAAAAGAAGCACAUCGAACAACUCGAAUAUAAGAUUAGAGAGAUGGAAAAAGACAGUGUUCAUUUGAAAGAUGAAAUAAAAAAAUUGCAGCAGGAAAACAAAAUUUCUAAAUCUAUUGCAAAAAAAUCUACUAAAGCAAGUCAAACAAACCGUACUAGUCAACAUGAUGUUUCCGUGAACACUGACUUCAAAAAGGUACUACCCAGAAAAGCACAAAUGAGGGAUAAAAAUACGAUUACAGAUAAUGAUACGAUGCCUUACUCAGCAUAUUGUUUACAAUGUGAAAAACAAUCAGAAUUUCCACCCUUACAACAAAUUCUUAAAAUUAUGUCAUCGCCCCCUCCACCAUCAUUAACAAAUCAAUUUUCACCACCAUGUUCCCCAAGAUCAGUACCAUCAAGUUCACAACAGUCUGAGUCAAUUGUCAGUAAUACAUUUGAUCAAUAUUACCAUGAAAAUUCAUAUACAAGAAGGUUAGAUAAAAAGGCAAUUGAAAAGAGUAAAAAGAUACAUGAAGAACCCGAUAGACCUUCGUUUAUGUUGAUAGACCAAUUAAAUAGAAGAAUAAAUAACUUGGAAAGACAGAUUAAAAAGAAAAAGUGGAAGCAAAAACAAGGCAAUGACUGUCAUCGACAAUGCUGUCCAUCAAAGAAUAUUAAAUUUAUUGUACAACUUCCCAAUGGAGAAAAGUGUUUAGAAUAUGCAAAACCUAGUCAACAUAAGCAAAUACAUGUGAAACGAUUAAACAAGAAGCAUACUAAAUCGAAGAAUGAUAAACAAUCAAAAGUUAGAGAAUGGCAGGUGGAGAAUGAUAUAGAAAUUCAAAAUAUUCAGUUAAAUUUACAGCAUAGUUCAGACCAAUUAGAAAAGAAAUCUGAAAAUCUUAAAGACAAUAAUGAGAUUGACUGUUCCGGAUCUCCAGCUGUUCAUGUUCCAAAUGUAAUAUCAAAACAUCAGGUUCAUGUAGACUCAUGUGUAUCAAAAACUAUGCAACCUCCUCAUACAGAAUCUCUCAGCACAUUAGAUAUAAAUGCAGAUGCAGUGAUAGUGAAUUCAACUAAUAAGGAUAAGGUCUGUGAUGAUGAAAAUGAGAAUGAAUGUCAUAUGCAAUCUAGUGUUAGUAAUCCAGUAUUAACAGAUCCUAUUAAUGAAAAAAUGAAUUGCAUUAGUGAAAAAGUAUUACAAACUAUUGAUAGUGAACAUAAUUUAAGUUUAGAUGUAUUAACAAAAGUAAAUAGUGAUGAUAUUUUUGAUACAAUUAGUGAAAGUUCUCAUAAUAGUAAUUUGAUUCCUAUUGAAUAUGAUAAUCAUGAAACUGUAGUAGAUAAAAAUGAGGACACAGUUUUUACAAAUAUUGAAAAAAAUGAAAUUAUUGAUGAAGCAUUAGCUUUAGAAAGAAAAUUAAAACUUAAAAGUCUAGAUGAUUUCGACAAAAUUGAAAGUACACUACCAAACAUUAGAAAAAUUAGAACUUUUUCUACUUCAUCAUCGGAAUAUGAUGAAUUAUUUUCAACAUCAACAAUUUGUAUAACUGAUAGGAAUUUGAAUUUGAAUGUUAAAAGACGUGAAUGUAAAUCAUUCUUUCAAGUAAUUGAGUCACCUGGAACUGACAGUGACAAGAUAGAAAAUUCAGAUGAAAAACAAAUAGAUGUUCAAGAAGAAGUUCUUGAAAAUAAAAGAAAGAACGAACAUUCUUCAGACGAUUCGCUAAAUUUAAAGCAUCGUGUAGCAUGUAGAACACUUAAAAAGAGAGGGAAAUGCAAUAAUAUCAUAGAAUCUGAUAAUUCUUCUGAAGAAGCUCCAAGACCAGUAAUUAAUAGUAAGUAUAGAAAAUCGUUGAUUGCAACAAAAAAACGGAUUAUAUCCAAAAUAAACAAAUUAAAAAAAACUAGUAAUUGCCCAAUCAAUUCUAAGCCAGUGAUAAAGCCUACUGAGUCUCAAAGUGAUUUAAGAGAUACUUAUAUUCCAACUAAAAAACAAAGAAUAGCACAUGUACCUAAAGAUAAUAGUGAAGCGAAAGAAGUAGUAUGUGCAGAACAAAUAUUACAAAAAUUAAGAGAUACUGUUGAAAUAGAACAAGUUAAAUCUGAAAAUGCAUUAACAAAGCCCAAAUAUGUUAAUAAAAGAGUCAAAAAGAAAAUGGAAGAUACAAUUGAUACAUUGAGAAAACCAAAAAAAUUAAAAUUGGCGAAAUCGGCUCAAUCUCAACAAAAUAAGGACAAACAAUCUGCUACUUUUAAGAAUGAAAAAUUAGAACCCAUUUCGGCUAAUACUAAGUUAGAAUUGAUAGCCAAGAAUGAGAAUCACCAACUAAUAACGGAAACAGAUUUCAAAAGAAAUGAGAAUUUUGAAAGUAACCAUCAAAAGAAAGAACCAGACGCAACAAAUGAACUCUCGGAAUUAGAUAUGAGAAUAUCACAAACAGUGACAGAAAAGAUGAAGGGUACCGACAAUUGUGCCAAUAUAAAAUCAAGUGAUAAUAAUAAAGGAGAGAAUAUACGAAAUGAACAGUCAUUGGAUGAAUUAAAAAAGGAUUCCCCUGAGGUCAGCGAAGAUGAAGAAAUAAUACCUGCCAGAAAUUUACGAGGUCGCAAGGUGACUCCAAAAAUCCAAGAUCGUAGAAUUAGUAGGCGGUUGCAAGAAAGCGAUUCCUUAGUCGCUAACAACGAUGUUGGUACAAAUAACUGUUUGACGGGUAGUCUUCUUACGCCGUCAACUAGUAAACAGACUCAAAAAAAGAAAAGAAAAAUACCAACCAAGAAUCAAUUGAAACUACCGUUUGACGGUACCAAUUCUUCUCUAGGUAACACAUCCAUCGUAUCAUAUUUUAAUGAUUUUUUAUUGGGAGUACAUCAAGACAGUAAGCAAGAGAACUUCGAACACUUAAAAAAACAUGAGGGUCCGAUACGUGACCAGCUCUCGGUCUUAAUUGAAACGGAGCCUUUAACGACUGAUGUUCUUUUACAAGUUGUAGAAAAUCUAUUAAAUAUAACUCCUUUAGAAGUGGUUGCAGUAGUAUUGGUAGAAUAUGCAUCAACGGAAUAUUUGGAUGACGUUAAAUACAAUACAACGUAUACACCUCCCGCUCCACCGAUGACUAAAUUUGAGCAAAAAUGUGUGACUUUGAUUACAACAAUAAAUGAAAAACAGCCAGAAUUUAUGGAUGAUGUUGGAAAAGGCUUGGAAUAUAAAUUAUUUAGAUUAGGCAAACCUCUAGAGAUACAUACCGUGGAGAGGCUCUUUCGCAUAUUGGUUGUCUUGAAUAAAAUUAAAAAAGACAGAGAGAAAGUUCGGAUGCUUUUCUGCGACGCUCUUUACUGCUACAACACACGAGCUAUGAACAUUAUUUACAUUGCUUUAACAUGCUGGUCAGAAGUAUUUCCGAAACACGAUGCUAACAACGAUAUCCUGGUAAAAACCAUCGUGCACAUUAUUAUGUCCGCAAAUGUUAAUAGGCCAUUCUCUAAACUUAUGCCUUUGAAAAGGUUGCUAACUGAUUACUAUGGAUAUCCGAAUUGUGGAUUUAGAGUUGAAAAUUUCAAACAAGAGCUUAUGGAUAAUUUGAAAGAAAAUGUAUUUGGUGUUAAUACCUCGAUUAUUUUACUGUGCAAAAGUAAAGGACCUGAUUGGGCUUUGGAAUACAUAGUUAAAGAUUUAAAGAAAAUGAUAGUACACCAAGUUCAUCCUUCCAUGUAUGACGGCUUAACUUUACUUGGCGAUAUAGUACGCCCAUUUUCAUCAGAAAAUUUCAAAAGUACCCUAAAAGAAAUUACUGAUCAGCUGUGUGAAGUUUUAAGUGGCAACCCAGGUUCACAUGAUUUAGAAGAGGGCAUCGUAUCAUGUCUAUUGAAUAUAGGAGGUAAAUUUUCGUUUGACCGCGAGAAGAUUGCAAAGUGCGUGUUCAAAUGGCAGUCUAAUAAGGAACUUCGUCAAACUACCAAGGAGAAAUUUCGUUCUUUUCUCAAAACUCAUAACGUUGAAUGGUGGCGAAAAUUUGUUCAACAAAACUUUCCAGUUGCUGAGCAAAAUAACUGCCAUUAGUUUAUAUUUAAUAUGACGAUAGCUUAUUUUUAUACUUUAUAGUGUCCUUUAAUAAAUAAGGAUAAAGAAAAAUAUGAUAAUGAUUUUACACUGAAAUAUUUAUACUAUUAAACAUUACAAUAAGGACAAUAGUGAUCGCGAUGAAAAUUUUGCGAGAUUAUGAUAAUAUAAUAAUAUUUGUAAUUUAUUUUCUUAUCUUCGCAGUUCUUGAACUGAAUUUAGAAAUUGAUAAUUUUUGUAAAAAAAAAAAAAAUACUGUACAUUGUUUUGGCGCAACAUUGCUUGAUUAUCAAAAUAUGAAAUUGAAAUUUAUUUUAGUAUUCCAAACGAGUAAUUGAUUGAACUAUAAAAGAAAGUACACUGUAAAAUCGGGUAUAAACAAAUUUUUUGACUUCACAAGUUUUAAUUUCAUUUAUAUACUAUGGACAAACAUAAAGUUGCAUAAUAAUCAAGAAAAAUAUUGGUACCUAAAUCUUUAAUAUUAACAUUGCAAUAUCGAUUUAAUAAAUGAUGAAUUACUUUUUCGUUGUGAUAUUUCAUAACAAAUCAAUGCAGCAAGUUAGCUAUUGGUAUAUUAACUGAUUCAGAAAGAUGAAUUUCUAUUCCUUUCUUUAACUAAGAGGAAAACUAUAUUAAAGACGAUUAAAGACUAUAUUAAGACUACAUUCAACGCAAGCCAAUAGAAGAAAGUUAACAACAGCUCUGAUAUAUUAAUAAAAUGGAAAAAAAAUUUAAUGAUGUAGUACUGAAAUUAUUUAAAAAAUUAUAUUUGUAUUUUUUUAAACCAACAAUAAACCACUGUCAAAAUCUCGAAAAAUCAAAAGUUCUUGUUCAUGUACAUGGGAAUACCCUUUUAAGCUGACUUGUAUUAAAUUUUGAAAAACAAUGACAUUGUAUGGACGAACUCAUUUGGAAUGUCAACAUUACAAUUGAUGCUCCGAUUACUAUUUAAAUUGAACUUGAAUACGUUAAAACUCACAGUACUUAUGAAUUGCUAAAUAGCUGUACAUAAUACGUUAUUUGACGGAAAAUUUUAGUAAAUAUUGUUUAAAAUUUUAAACGAAUUGAUGAGAAAUAACGAUCGAAUACGCCUUCGAAGCAUUGAAUGAAUAAAUAAGGAUGUAAGGAAAAAACGAAAGUUCUAAUACUUAAAUAUUUAUGCUAUUAAACAUUGUAGGGAGAACGAAAAUACAAGUGUCUUCUCGACAAAAAAUGAUGGUGAUGACGAUGGCAAUGAAGAUAAUAAUGAUGACGAUACGAUUUUGCGAGAUUAUAAGUAGUAAUAAUGAUAAUUGAGAUAAUUAUAAUCGUAAUAAUGAUGAUAAUAAUAAUAGUAGCAAUAGUAAUAAUAAUAAAAUAAUAAUAAAAUAAUAAUAGUAAUAAUAACCAACAUAUUUGUAGCUUCCAUAGGCAGAGCACGCUAAAUGUUAAUACAUGUAGAUAUCGCUUACAUGUAUUCAAUUUCUUUUUCGCCUUCGCUGUUCUUAAGUUGAAUUCAGUAUUAGAUCGUUCUAUUUUACAAAAAUAAUGUACAAUGUUAUGUCGCAACAUUGCGGAACUCUCAAACUAUUUAAAUUUAGUAAAACAUUAUUAUGUUUAUUUGUUUACUUUCCUAACCAAGUGAUUGAUUCGUGUGUAUAUAUAUAUAUAUAUAUAUUUAACAAGUAAUUCGUCUGUAAUAUUCACUCAACUGUUCGUAGAUAUUAUCGUAUGUCAUUUAGUUUUAUUUCUUGCUCUUUGGUGCAUAACAAUGAAUGGUCCUUCCACACGGUUGAAAAACAUUAGCAUUUGACAAAGCGAAGUCAACCACCCAUCGUCGUGAUCUGUACGCGUCUAUAAUAUUAUUCGAGUAAGAAGUCAAAUGUUUGUUUUUUUGUUCAACAAUAUUUAGUUUUAUUUGUAUCAAUCUCGAAAUAGACAAGAAUUUCGACGAGCUCAAUCGGAGUACAAGAAAUUACGUAUUUUAUUUAUCUAGUCGUACUCUCGAGGAUUACGUUGAAGUUUGAAUAAAAAUAGUGAUUUUUUCAAAGUGUUAACCAUCAGUGGAAAGUAAAAUUCAAAGUAUUUAACAAUGAUUUGUCACAGAAAAAAUGGUUUUUCACUCGUUCAAAAACUCGUUGUUAAUCUCGUCGAGAUCGCUAUUUAGUUUGCUUCUUUUUUUGUUCGCUUAUACUGUAGUACUGUGCAGUCUGAUUAAUUAAAAAGCCACCACUGUCUGUGUCGUUGUUGACUAAUAUGUGUUUGUGCGCGCGCGUAUGUGUGUGUGUAUGUGCGCGCGCGCGUGUGUGUGUGUGUUGAUUUAUCAAGCUUGUGAUGUAAUACUGAAAACGAAUAAUUUAUUGCCGUUACUUUCAAAAAACGAGCAUCGAAUUGUCUUGUUAACGAAAUUCGAGUAAUAUAUUGUUAAGCACUAGAUAGAAAAACAAAGGCCACUGCCGGCUCUACGUGUUACUCGUUUGAAGCAUUCGUGAAGCAUCCAUCGAAUUACGUCUCUUUCAGUUUUUCACCUCGAUGCACUUUUGCACGUACGACCUUUUUCCCUCGUACGAUGCGAUCGAUCCAACGCUAAAGGUAUAUUUCAAUUUAAAAAUUACCCCAAAAUUAUUGAUACAAUAUUAGUCUUAGUGAUGCUAAUAAAUCGAUUUUGUACGUUGGAUAAAAAAUUAUCUGGAGGGCAUUUACUGGCUAUCAUGAACGAUUCACGAGGAGAAAAUCUACACGAAUUAACAAUUGCUACGUAGUAGUUUUAAUAGUCAUAUCGGAUCUCUGCCGUUAUUUCAUUUUAUAACCUUCCGCGAAAAUAUAUAAAUUCCGUAUUGAGAAAUUGAAUACAAUGUUUGAAAGGCACUCAAUCUCCUUUAUAAUUGCGUUGCCUUGCGUCUUCAUUAUUAUUUCUUGCGAUUUUUUGCCUACAUUAUAAGCGCGUCCUUACCAUUGAAGAGGACAUUGUUACCGUUAUGGAUAGCAUUAAUAACACAGGUCUACAAGAUUUAGUCUUCCACUAAUCAACAGUAGCUUCCGAUAGCAUUUUCCCUCUUAAAUCUGACGAGUGCUUGUAUUUCAUUUUCACGUUUCGAAGUUAAGAUAAAAAGGGCCAGCAGUUAUUUACAUUUCUUGAAUUGAGGCUAUAAAAUUUAUGUGGAAUUGAAUUUUAGUCGUAAACUGAAAUAUAGUGAACUUUUCAAAGGUUGAACUCUCUUCAAGUGACUUUGAUGUCUAAUUUAGAAACAUCAACUACAAGUGAAUUUCUUAACUCGGCUGAAAAGGAUCGUAUUGAACAAAAUAAAAAUAGAGUUGAAAGUACUUUUACUCAUUCUGUCUGAACUCCUAUACGUGAUAACUGAAACAAGACGACACCAAAUCUACGGGAAAAACAACAUUGGAAUUCACUGUCGGCUUUCAAAAUAUAACAAAAGAGUUUGAUUUUUGUAGACCUGUGUGUUUAACAAUAUAGUUAAUUAUUGAUCGAUAAUGACAGUAUAAUAAAUUAGGAACCAAGUACAAUACGAAAUAUGGUUGAUACGUUUUUCUUUUAAUUUAAAUAAUUAAAGUUACGCUAAACUUUCGAUAACUAACGACUAUUUAUAAAUUGUACGGUAUAAUCGCUCUAAUGCAUUAUUUCUUUACAUAUUUAUUUGUUCUCUUUCUCUCUCGCCUUUUCUAUUUCGUGGUUUCGUUCUUCAAAGAUUAUCUGUUAAUUCUUGAAAAUUGAUCGAGCUACGCUCAGUCAUUCAAAGAACAAUACAACAGAGCGUGGAAGAAAAAAACGAAGGAGAUCGAGACGAGAAACGGAGGGAGAGAGAGAAAGAGAGCGAGAGAACCAAAAAACGAAAUUAAAUCCGACAUACUGUUGUGCAGCAGAACGUCUGGAAGAGCAAUCUUAUUAAUAUCUACAAAUUUACAAAAUGUUACGCAUAAUACUCGUAUAUUAUACAUAAUCCGAGCUUUUUUAUCACCCUCGCUAUCUCUCCCGCUCUCUCAUUCGCACACUCUCUCUCUGUUCUCUCUCUCUCUCUCUCUCAUUCUAUAUUUAUAUUUCUAAUGCAAUAAUCUAUCGCGCGUUCGAUGCAGUUAUCAGUCCAACUUGUCGAAUAUUUUCCGCUCUCGACCAAGUCAGAGCUAUGAGUUUAGUGGCAGCCUUAUUCGCUUGAAAGUGUGCUUUUUCCAAUAGAUAUAUAAAUAUACGUAGUAUACAUAUAUAUUUAUAUAUUUCUUUGUCGAUUUAUCGUUACAUAUAUGAAUGUGUAUCUAUGUGUGUAUAUAUAUAGUAUUUAAAAUUUGCUUUAUAUUCUAGAAUAUAACUUACUAUGUACAAGUGAAAAAAGAGGCCUACCUCGUCGCUUCAAAACUAACGUCCAAUCAUUUCCACCAAUGAUAAUGCAUAAAUCUGUAUACAACGUUAUCGGCAAAUGUGUACAUCUUUUUAUAGGUGUAUAUUAGUGUUUCAACUGCGUAUGAAAGACUAGGCCACUGUCUUUCAAUAAAAAUAUAAAAUUCUAUCUUAUAACGAGACAGUUUU